AUGCUCCCGCCAAUAGCUCAGGUCGCUGAAAAGUUCGUUUUUCCUAGAGCUACAACGACUGUUGCCAAAGCACUCGCUGCCAAGCAGGCACAGACAAUCACUUUGACCGGGUGGAUUGACAGGAAGCCGAAGCAAAUCUCCAAAUCACUCACUUUUGCUCGGCUGCGCGAUGGCUCAGGCAAGAUAAUUCAACUGGUUGACACAAACUCUCCUAGCCAACUCAAAAGUCUCAAGCCCGAUUCCACAAUUUCAGUGGAGGGCGAAAUAGAGGUCAAAUCCAAUGGUGUGGAUUUGAAGGUGGCAAGUCUAAAAGUUCUCAAUCGUGCCAAUAUUGUUCCCUCUCAACUCAUAUCGGAAACUAAGGAUUGGCCCCCUCAGUAUCGUUACAUACAACUGAGACAGCCAAAUAUGCAAGAGGUGUUGAAGAAGCGUGCCAAAAUAGUGAAGACAUGCCGAGAAGCUCUUGACGAUCAGGAAUUCGUAGAGAUCGAAACACCUCUCCUCUUCAAAAGCACUCCCGAAGGUGCCAGGGAAUUUCUUAUCCCCACGCGAAAAAAGGGCUUGAUGUACGCUUUGCCUCAAAGUCCUCAACAAUACAAGCAGCUCCUUAUUGCCUCGGGUGUCGAGAGGUAUUACCAGGUGGCUAAAUGUUUCCGAGACGAAGACUUGCGAGCUGAUCGUCAACCGGAGUUCACUCAGCUUGAUCUUGAGAUGGGAUUUGCGAACGGUAGCGAUGUUCAGCAGGUCAUCGAGAGUCUCGUUGAGCGUGUUUGGUCUCAGCACUCUGCUACAAAGCUUGUGACUCUAGACGAAAAGCAGGCACUUGUCGAAGCAACAGGCAAGCUUGGAAAGUUAACUUACCAAACGGCAAUUGAGAAAUAUGGAAUCGAUAAGCCGGAUCUACGAUCUAGUAUCGAGAUCAAGCAAAUUCCAGCAGAAGCCACUACAAACCCAGAGUACUCUGUGUUUGAAGCUAUUGUUCUCUCUGACUGGACGGAGAGCUCAGACAUUUUUGAAGGCCUCAAAAGCGACAAGGAGUAUAAAAACAGGGUACCCACCGUCGUUAUUUUUGAGUCUGAGGGCCAGAUAAGGAGUAUUGUCGAACCUCUAGCGAAGGUUGACAACUGGCACGAUUUUUUCGACACCCUCGGGGCUAGGCCAGGAGACCUUGUGGCUUUCAGCGACAGGCGUCCUGCGAAUUACGAAAACCCUACUCCACUUGGAAGACUUAGACAGGUAGCUAUUGCCUUGAUACCGGAUUGCUACCGGAGGACAACUGAGUCGGUUGGCUGUUGGGUGCACGAAUUCCCUCUAUUCGAGCCCUCGUCAGACGAUACUGGGCUUUACCCAAGCUAUAAAUGGGAUGAAAUCAACUCUACUCACCAUCCCUUCACAAUGGUGAAAAUUGAAGAUUACCACAAGCUGGAAGCGGACCCCUUGAGCUGCCAUGGCCAGCAUUAUGAUCUUGUAAUUGAUGGAGUUGAAGUUGGCGGUGGAAGCACUCGUGUUCACGAUCCCGAGCUCCAAAAAUUCAUCUUUGAGCAUGUUCUCAAGAUCACUAAUUCAGAAAAGCUAUUUGGUCACUUACUGCAAGCGUUGGCCACCGGAUGCCCACCCCAUGCCGGUUUGGCUAUUGGUCUUGACCGCAUAGUCGCAAUGCUUUGUGGCUUGAAGUCACUGAGAGAUGUAAUUGCGUUCCCGAAGACCAUCACCGGGGCUGAUCCUUUGAUUGGAAGCCCCAGUAAGGUCACCAAGGACCAGUUGAAGCCUUAUCAUGUGGGGGUUAAUUAG